AGAUGUCCAUGAUAUUUUGUUAUAUGGAUUUGAGCUUUCAUGGUACUCAGCUUGUUGUGAUUCUGUCAAUGAGAUCCAGUAAUGCAACUAUGAUAGUACAUAUUGUGAUUCAUACGGCAUGCAAUGACAACGCAAACCUUCAAAACUCAAGUAAUUUGAUGAUUUCUUCUUUUAUAUGAACGCAGGCCUCAAUGGUGCUCCUAUCAGAGUGGCAAUAGACUUGCUGACUAAUCGCAUACUCAGUUAUCUCAUCUUUGGGCCGAUAACCAAGUAUUUUCCAAGCGGGACAUGGAUAUACUAUUCAAGAAGAGGGGGACAACCGCAUUUGGGAUUCCGAAUUUACAAAGAAUACUAUACGUAUGUUGGGACCAAGACCAUAUCUUCAGAUUUUCUCAGCAUAAUCAUAGUUUUGCUCAUAGCACUACUUAUUUUCGCUGUGAUAUUUCGUGCAAUAUUAUUCCUUUUUGGGCUUUCAUGCCUCGUGACUUAUUUAAUCUACACAUGGCGAAGAAGGCACUUAUCAAUGUAUGACACAAUUGAAGAGUUCUUGCAGAGUAAUGACAAUCUCAUGCCUGUAAGGUAUUCUUACUCAGAGAUUAAGAAGAUAACAAAUGACUUCAAGGAGAAGUUGGGUGAGGGGGGCUUUGGCUCAGUUUAUAAAGGAAAGCUUCGUAGUGGUCGUUUUGCAGCAGUAAAAAUCUUGAGCAAUUCGAAAGCUAAUGGACAAGAUUUUACCAAUGAAGUUGACACCAUCGGAAGAAUUUACCAUGUCAAUGUGGUGCAGCUUAUAGGCUUUAUCGCCGAGGGAUCAAAGCGUGGUCUUAUAUAUGAGUUCAUGCCUAAUGGUUCUCUUGAUAAGUAUAUUUUUUCUAAACGAGGUAGCGUCACAUUAAGUAAAGAGAAAAUGUUUGACAUUUCUCUUGGGAUUGCUCGUGGCAUUGAUUAUCUACAUCAAGGUUGUGAUAUGCAAAUCUUGCAUUUUGAUAUCAAGCCUCACAAUAUUCUUCUCGACGAGAAGUUUGUUCCAAAAAUUUCAGAUUUUGGAUUAGCAAAAUUGUACCCAACAAAUAAUGGCAUUGUGGCCCUUACUGCGGCUAGAGGAACAAUGGGAUACAUAGCUCCUGAAUUGUUCUACAAAAAUAUCGGAGGCGUGUCUUACAAAGCAGAUGUUUACAGUUUUGGGAUGUUGUUAAUGGACAUGAUAGGAAGAAAGAAGAACUUGAGUGAAUUGGUAGUCGAUGCAAGCCAAAUCUACUUUCCUUCGUGGGUUUAUGAGCAGGUUUGUGAAGGAAAUGACCUAGAAGUACUAGGAGACACCACAGAGCAAGAAAAGAAGAUAACAAAGAAGAUGAUUAUAGUGGCAUCAUGGUGUAUACAAUUAAAACCCGAGGAUUGUCCCUCAAUGCAUGAAGUUGUAAAGAUGCUCGAAACCGAUGUUGAAUCCCUACAAAUGUCUCCUAAACCUUUUCUCACCACCUCGCAACAAAUGCCAAAACAUGAUGACGUGGCCAAUCAAUCAGAUCCGUCAAGUUAUUGUAUAAAUUCUUCAUAUCAGUUUGGUCGUUAAUAAAUAUAUAAUUGUUUGUUCAUAAA